AUGCUGCUCCGUCCCCGGCGGCCGCCACCGCUCGCGCCUCCGGGGCCGCCGUCGCCAGACAGUCCCGACGCUGACCUGCGGCCGACCGGGGACGGCCCCGGGACCCCACCUGUGGGUCCCACCACGCUAGGCGCGCUGGCGGAGCCCGAGUCGCCCCAGUCGCCCGUGUCCCCGGGAUCGGCACAGCGCACGCCCUGGAGCGCCCGGGAGACUGAGCUGCUGCUGGGCACGCUGCUGCAGCCGGCCGUGUGGCGCUCGCUGCUGCUGGACCGCCGCCAGGCGCUGCCCACCUAUCGCCGCGUGUCCGCCGCGCUGGCCCGCCAGCAGGUGCGGCGCACGCCAGCGCAGUGCCGCCGGCGGUACAAGUUCCUCAAGGACAAGCUCCGCGACGCACAGGGCCAGCCGCCCGGGCCCUUCGACGCACAGAUCCGCGAGCUCAUGGGGCUGCUGGGCGACAACGGGCGCAGGCGGGUCCGCCGCCGCCCCUCUGGACCCGGACGCCCCCAGCGCGGCCGCCGCCCGGCCGCCGCUGCGCCCGCCCCAGACGACCCAGGCGCCUCGCCGCAGCCGGCCGCCCGGGAUCCAGACGUGGACGCCGUCUGCGCGCUCAGGUUCAGCCCGUCCGUGCCGAAGUCUGCGGACGCCUGCCGCGCACCGGGCUCCCCACCGGCCCCCGCCCAGACGGCUCUCCGCACACUCUCCCCCGAACGCGGCCACGCGCGGGGCUCCCCACCGCCGCCGGACCCCGCCCCCGAGGACCCGGACGAGCCGCCUGGCAGCCACGAGGACCGCGCGCCCCCACAGGCUGCGCCCCCGUCGCUGAACGCCGCGCUGCUGCAGACCCUGACGCACCUGGGCGACAUUGUGGCUGUCCUGGGACCGUUGCGCGACCAGCUGCUGACCCUGAACCAGCACGUGGAGCAGCUGCGUGGCUCCUUCGACCAGACGGUGUCCCUGGCCGUGGGUUUCAUCUUGGGCAGUGCAGCCGCAGAGCGGGGCGUCCUGAGGGACCCGCGAGAGUGA